GGCAUCGGAGGCCUUUCUGGCGUUCCCUUCCCUUCCCCUGGACCCAGCUGAACCCCCUCGCACACAGCAGCCCACGAACGAAUAGCAACUAGCACGCACUUGCUGCAUAUACUAUACACACUACGCUCACAGUCCGCCACCAACUCCCUCAGGAGCCACCCAAUCGAGCGCAUUUCCAGCCCCCUCCACUCGUCCCAAAAAGCCAUGCCUCUCCCCAACACAACCAUCCUCCUCAUCCGCCACGCCGAGAAGCUGCCGUGGCACUCCGGCCUCAAACCCUCCUCCGACAUCAAAGCCGCCUACAUUGACAACCACAUCCUCUCCACAAAAGGCUACGAGCGCGCGCAAGCCCUCGUGCCCUAUUUCCACCGCCGUUCCGAAAUCACCUCUCUGGUCGCCGAGCGGCCGUGGGGCGGGAUCAUCGCACAGGCCGUGGACGAUAUCGACGGGUUUGGCAAGUCGGAGCGGCCGAAGGAGACUGUGCUGCCGUUUGCGGAGAGUGAGGGAAUAAAAGGUGUGGUGCCGUUUGUGACGUACCGGAAGGCGCUGGUGAAGGAGAUGGUUGGGAAAUUGUUGGGCGGCGGUGGGGGGGAGUAUGAGGGCAGGACGGUACUGGUGUCGUGGUGUCAUCAGAUGAUGAGCGAUAUUGUGAAAGCAUUGGGGGUCAAGGAGGAGCUGGUGCCGGUAUGGGAUAAGAAGCGGUUUGAUGUGACGUGGGUGGUCAAGUUGAACGGGGAUAGGGGGUCUGUGGAGUUUGAGCAGUUGCCGCAGAGGCUGCUGUAUGGCGAUGGGGAUUCCAUCAUCCCGUUGAAGAAGGGGGAUUAGAUCUGGAUCUGGACUGGAUGUCCGGGCGGAUGGGGCACGAGCGAACCGGUAGAGUAGGGAUUUGCAUACAGUUCCACCGGCGUAGCAUGUAGAGUUUUCACAUACAUUUUCUCACUUUUAAUACUCGCAUUUGUACAUCUUUCCUCACAUCAUCGGGCUCUGGAUGUUCAAUUCUGUCGGAUAUGGACUUGAGGUUGAUUGUAGCGGAAAGCUCUGAUGCCGAGAAGCCUCUCUCUCUGGACUGUGGAAGCAGUGCGGAACGCGUUAGUCCCAG